UUAAUUCAUGGUGCGCUUGAUGCUAAGGGGAAGGUCGAUACGACAUGCCUAUCGGCUUGCAGCACCAAUCGAAGAUAGCGAUAUCCGCCCUAUUGACCUCAGUUGUAUGCUGCAUUACAAGCCCUCUGCUGUACCUUCGAAAUAGUCACCUAGCAGAACAAGCAAAAUGAUCUCGUUGAAGUACGUGGGCAUCAUUUUACUCACUGUGAUCGGUGUCCAAGCCCAAGACAACAUCUUGUACAAAGAUUUCUGCUACUACAACGGAAGCCACCUUCCUCAGCUUCAUCGGACGUGUCCUGAUAAACCCACUACAGAGAUUUGUUAUCACGACUACCCUUCGAAUUACACCGCUUCUGUGGAUGAUUACAUGGCCAUGGUCAUUACAGUUGACUAUUCCAAACAUCCAGGGAAGAUCUUGAUUUGUGGUGGUCAAAUACCUGCUUGGGUCAAUGACACUUGUUUCUGGUUCGCCAGACACUACUUUUCAUGCGGAGCUCGAGGUGCACCAAAGUACAACGCACGCAUCAUCAUGUCAGAAGAGUAUGUCGAUGUCGGUAGCUUGGAUUUGAAAACCCAGAUUUACGAUAUGCUUCCACAACGGACUGAGGAAUCUGGCGCUAGUGAUGGCAGGCGCUACACCACUCAAACUAAUUUGUGUUGGAAUGAAGCUGAACUUGGCACCAAUGCAGUCAAGGUUUCUUAUGAUGGCCAUUGGGGCUCAGUCGGCAACAAAGCCAUCAAAGACCAUCCUGUCUUGUUGAGAGGCGACAAGAUUGGACAACUUUUGGUAAAGACACUCAUUCAUGCACUGGAAGCCAUGAAGAAUCGUACAACAUACUGGCAAUACAACUGUAAGAACACACAAAGGAGGUGAUUGAAGCUGACUCAAUAGCCUGCGAAAUCAACAGUCUAAGUACUAGAAGCCAGCCGGUCUUAUGUGCAUCUGAUAUGAUCGAUUGCUCUGAGGCCGUCUCUCGAGGGUGUGGCUUCAAGAAUUACGAAACCGAGCUGCUUGAAGAGAUGCCUCCAAUGCCUCAUUGUCCAAGAAGCUGUGAUUUGCUGGGUCCAUGCGCAACAGCAACACGAGCUUACAAUCUGCCGCAAAUAAU